GAUUGGUUUUAAAAGCCUACAGACUAUUAACAAGGUAAAACGGUUACAUACAUGCAGUGGCGCAGAUAGGAUUUUUGAAUUGGGGGGGGGACCAAGGAUAUGUUUUCCUUGUGCAAAGACGGCAGAUGCUGUUUUUUUGUCCUGUAAGUGGAGGGGACGGAUCGAGGUCACUGAAUCUGAAGGAGAUCCGUCCCAUCCGUCCCUGGUGCUAACUGCGCGCCUGCAUACAUGUAUAUAAGUGUAUAGACGUGUCUCGAAUUGAAAAUCUUACUCCAACAAGCUGACCAAAUUGGGCAACCCUGUAUUUACUACUGUUGGUCAAAAUAAACCAUUUCAAAAGCAUAAACUACUGCUUCGAAAAUAAAGUAAUUCUACGCAAAAAGCUGACGGACAGCAGACUGCCCCACGUAUUUUCUCCGCACCGACAUCAGGAGAGGAAAGGCGGCACUGCGCCGGAAGGUGGCCCCCUUCUCCCGCACAGAAGUGGCUCCGUAGCCGUGCUCGUCCUCCUAGAUGCCCGGAUAGAUCUCAGGAAGCGACCUGACCGCGGCGCGCAGACCUGGAUGUCAGCCUGAUGCUGGGGGCGAUGCGGCCGGGAUCGGUGGCCGGGGCCGGCUGAUGCGGCGAUUAGCGUGAUGCUACGGCCGAGCCUGAGCGCCUUUACACGCUGCAUGAGCCACUAAGCGAGGUGUACUGGUAGGUUGAUGGUCACCAGUUGGGCUCCCUCAUGGAGGAGGAGCACCCAGACAGCACCAGGGGAGUGAGGCAAGGAUGGGGGGGCAUCAUGGAUCUCCAGAACAACCUGGACCGCGGCCCCUGCCCCACGUCGUCCCUCUCCGACGAAAAUCAGAACAGGCUAACGGAGAACGGGCAGGACGAGAUGGACGGCAGCCUGCAGACGGGCCGCACGCCGUCUCAGCAAGACUCUGAGAAUAACAACGAGGAAGAAGACUGGCAGGCUGACAGGCUGGUGGACAGCUAUGGCGAGUCCCGGGCAGGAACGCCGCGGGCAGGAACGCCAGACUCACCAAAACACAGCACAUGGCUCACUACCCAAACUGCCAGUACUGAGAGGUGCCCCCCUGUGGGUCCAGUUGGCAGUGUGUCCAGCUGCCUUGACCAGACCUCUGACGGCAGCCAUGGCGGUGAACCACUCGUACCCGGGCCUAGCCCCUCCCCGGUGGCCUUUCUGCAGAACCUGACGGAGCAUUCGGAUUACACCCUGCUUCCACAGUGCCUGCACCAGAUAGCAGAGGAUUUCUUCCUUGAGGAAAACUAUGAAUGGGCAGUCCAGUUUCUCCAGUUGGAGAGAGACUACCACCAGCGGCUGCUCUCCAACCUCGCCCGGCUACAGGAACACUGGGGUAUCACUCAUUUCUUCUUUUUUGUUCUGCUUUUCGUUGCUGUCGUCUCAUCAUGGCAUUUACCCCCCGUCUGGAUGGCCAUCUGUCAGUGCGGCCUGUUCAGCAGCCUGUCUCCUGGAUCUGUCUUCCUCUGUCUGUCAGGCAGCCGGGGGUCAGGAAGCUACUUUAAUACUAGGACCGCCACCGUGGUAACCGGCCCGUACCUCCGUGUUCCUAAGCCAGGCGUUUUUGAUUCUAAUCCCAUCCGUGCCCGUUACGGCUCCCUGUCCCAUUUGUGCCAGAUUUGGGUCAGAAACUAUUCACGUAAAACAGGUUUGGAUAAAGAUAGAGAGAUCACUCUGGUGAUGAUGUGUCUCUGUUUCGCAGACAGCAGCUCUGAGUCACCAGGGAGGACCGGGGUACUUAGAAUGGAGGAUGCAUCCGUAACACAGCAUGCUGCAGACAGCACAGGCCUUGGAUUGCAGCAGGGAGUCAGUUCAACUUCCACGCUUGACCACCGGGAGGAGAUGCUGCUCUCUGCUGAUUCCCCAGCCAUUCCCACGUCGGAUAAGACUGGCAGGCAUUGUCCGGAUGAUUCUGCGAGUGUAGACGGGGUCGCCAUAGCGGAGUCACCAAACAACGCAAGACUAGAGGCCACCUUGGGAGGUCUGCUGGCUGACAGCUCCUUAUAUCCUGAGGAGGAGGAGGAGGAGAACCAGACGGACCUCGUAACGGAUCUCCCAGAGUCUGUCCAGCAGGCAGAGGGAUAUGACACAAGGACGACCUCGGGGCUGGCAGAAGCCAGGCAGGACUGGGCCCCUGAGACGGGGGAGGUGGCAGCUGCUGGAGACGAGGACGAGGGAGGGGCAGACGCUGGCGAGAUGAGCUCAGCGGGACCCAACUGGCUGGGAGAGGAGAAGGAAGAGACUGGCUCCAGCAUGGAGCCGGCAGACAGUGAGGGGGCAGAGGGUGGGGAGGAGAAGCCAGAGAUCGUGGAGGUGGAGGUGUCGGAGGAGUCCAACGAGCUGGAGGACAAUGGUUAUGGGGUGGAUGUAGCGGGGGACGGACAGGCGCAGGAGGCAGGAGAAGCACCGCAUGACUCACUGGAUGACUUGGCCAAACGCAUUCAAGUGGAGGAGAUCACGCCUGCCUCAGGUCUGGUUUCCAUACUGAAGAGGAGAACUUCCCCAGAAGUUAGCUCCGCCCCUGCACCUCCAAAGCAGACCUCUAAGCGUAAAGUCCGAUUCAGGGAGCUGGAUGAGGUACCAGACCAAGAUGAGGUGGGGGGGGGCUCCUGGCUGCUGCUCCUCCUCCUCUGCUUGGCCACCGUGGUGGUCAGUGUGGGUGGGACGGCCCUCUACUGUGCCCUGGGUGACGUCCAGUCCAGCGUGUGCACGGACUUCUCCCGAAACGUGGACUUCUACUUCAGUCAGGCGCAACGCGGCCUGGACGAGCUCCGGCACUGGCUCUCGCCCGGCCCCUUGUAGGGGGUGGGCAUUGUGCCCCGUGUUCUGCGGGGCAAGGCACAGCAAGACCGGAGGUUGGGGCACAAUGUCUCUGUGUUUUAUGUCUUAAUAUGUCUCCUUUUCGGCCUGUUUUCCCAUCUCCAUCUUACCCCCUCAGCUCUGCUGGAUUUUCUGUAUAUUUGGAUGCUAUUUUUUCCCCUCCAUGUAAAGUUGGAGGUUGAUAAGCUGUAAAAUCCACCAAGGCAAAAGCUGGUCUUUUAGCUCCAGGGCUGUGGUGAGUCCCAGUCUUAAAGUCUCAGUGAUGCUCAUCAAGCAUGAAAUUCAGUCUAGAACAGGUUCGAUUCCCUUUAGUUGCUGGUACUCGGGUCUGGCUUGUUGCUUUGUCUGCUGGAAUAUAGCGGACCGUGUGCUCAGGGCCGGCCUAACCCUAUUUGGGGCCCUAAGCAAAAUUUGAUUAACCUAGUUGUCAUUUGCCAUCUUCCCUCCCAUCCUGACAGGCUGAUUGGAUGGCAGCGCCCCCUGGUGGGUGAUUUACCCUCAGCAGCCACUUAGUCCAUAUGCCUUGAACAGGCCCUGCACAUGGUCAUAUAUUACACAGCCUAAGUAAAUCGCAGUGAAGUUGCAGUCCCACAAGGGGACGCAGUGGCAUCUCCACGAUUUAAGAGUCGGGCUCCAUAUUUAGUGCUACUACUGCUCACGAUCAACUAAAAAGUCCUGCAAUGGGAAAGAAAUCACAUUGAUUUUAAAAAAAAUCUUUUAAUCUGAAAUUGUCUUCAAGGAGAUUGCUUAUGCUCUAUCGUGUUCCUCUUUUGGGAGGGUCAUUGCUGUACUGAACACUGUUUGGUCAUGGGGAAGUGAGAUGUAGCCUCCAUGUUUGGGGCUGAAGUUUCAUGCAAAUAUAGGAGGCAGUGAAAAGGGAGCAGUAUGGUCCUCUGGAUGCAGUCAGCUCUGACAUUAGGAGGUAAACAGCAAAAGCUGAAAGCUCAGGCAUACGUCCACUUUCCGUCUUAUUUUAGCUGGUAUAUUCGCUGUCAUUCUUUUCAGCACACGUAAGACGUGCAUUACCUCGCGGUGGACUGGCUUAAUUUUUUCUUUUUAAUUAGGGUUAUUUAAAUGUUUUUGCUUCAGUUUUCAAUCCGUUCACAAUGGUGUCUUGCGUCACAGUAAGUGCAGCGAUUCUGUGCAGCACAUUUCACUCGGGGAACAGAAACUCUCUCUCUGAAGAUCAGUAUAAGCAGCUGGACCUUGUGACGAUGCAGGGAAGCCAGGGGCAUGUUGCAGGCAGAACCGUCUAGGAAUGAAUCCAUCCCCUAACGGCUACAUGGCAUGUUGCAGGCAGAACCGUCUAGGAAUGAAUCCAUCCUCUAACGGCUACAGGGCAUGUUGCAGGCAGAACCAUCUAGGAAUGAAUGCAUCCCCUAACGCCUACAGGGCAUGUUGCAGGCAGAACCGUCUAGGAAUGAAUGCAUCCCCUAACGCCUACAGGGCAUGUUGCAGGCAGAACCGUCUAGGAAUGAAUCCAUCCCCUAACGGCUACAGGGCAUGCGUGCUACACCUUAUUCUUUCUACUUUUUGUGUCUUCUGGCUGGCUCAGGUGAUACUCUUGCAUAAUAAUUUUUGAAUCGAAGUAUUUAUUUUCAGUAAAACUCAAUAAGAAAAUAAAUAAAUACAUUUAGCUUUUUUGGUAUUACUUUGACAUGUGAUAUAAUUUUAUUUGACCCAUUUUGGCCUUAAUAGAUAUAUUACAUGUGCAGUUUAACCAUAUAAAUCAUGCCAGUAUCACACGAAUUUUGUUUUUAUUUUUACAGUGUAUUUCAGUGUACAGUGAUGUAUCACAUUGUUUAAAUUCAUCCUGAUUUUUGUCUUUUAAAGUUUUUUAAAGACCUGUAAAGAUAUAUGAACAGAUUUGUAGGUUAACAUAUUUUAUUAUGAAUUCCCCUAUGGACACUAAAUAUUAUUGUGAGAGUUCAAAUAGGUGAAUGAUUUGCUUUUAAGUCAAGGCUCUUAAUGUUUAGGCCCACUCUGUGUCUGUGAGGUUUGUAAGUUUUUGCUGAACUUAAAUCAAAACUUUAUCAAUGUAAUUGUUGGGUAGUAAUGCGACACCCUAACUGCAUUUACAGAUAUCAGUCAGGUGAUUGAAUUGUACUCUAAAAUCGGCAAGACUGAACCCCUUUCAGGAUCACAUCUGGGUGUUUUCAAGACACAUUUAAAACCUUCUAAUAAGUGCUGUAUUUAAAAUUGCUUUUAAAACUAAAUUUUGGCUAAGACGUGGAUAUCAGCUCCUUAGCUGUGUACUGCAAUUUUCUGUUUUUCUGUCCAAUAACCUUUUAAUGAACUGUGCCACUCUGAGAAUGAAGACUAGAAUGAGACCUCCUCUUGUUCACUGCAUCUUCUGCCCUCUAGCUGUGUCUCAUGGUGUUGCAUCCUCUCAGGUACUACUGUUUAUAAUUAGCAUGUUUGCUAACUUCUUUUUUUUCUUCCAUUUCCUUGUCUUGUUCUGCACA